AAAAGAAGAAGGGGUGUUAGGCCUGGCGGGCAAACCCAGGCUGCGGGCGGCUGGGAAGCUUAGCGGGGCUUUGUCGGGAAAACCGUGGGUUUGAGGUGCCCAGGGUUCACUACACACUUCUGGAAGUGUCUAAUAGCGUGCGUCGAUCAGCAGCACCCGCAAGCCAGGACCAUGGGCUGCUUUUUCUCCAAGAGGCGGAAGGCUGGCAAAGAAUCGCAGCCUGAGACUGAGGAUGAGCGGCCCAGGCAGUACAGCUGGGACCACCGUGAGAAGGUUGACCUGAAAGACUACAUGUUCAGUGGGCUGAAGAAUGAAACAGUAGGUCGUUUACCUGGAAAGGUGGCAGGACAACAAUUUAUCAUUCAAGACUGUGAGAACUGUAAAAUCUAUAUUUUUGAUCACAGUGCUACAGUUACCAUUGAUGACUGUACUAGCUGUGUCAUUUUUCUGGGGCCAGUGAAAACCAGUGUGUUUUUCCGGAAUUGCAGAGAUUGUAGGUGCCUGUUAGCCUGCCAACAAUUUCGUGUGCGAGACUGCAGAAAGCUGGAAGUCUUUCUGUGCUGUGCUACUCAACCUAUCAUCGAGUCUUCCACAAACAUCAAGUUUGGCUGUUUUCAGUGGUAUUACCCUGAAUUAGCUUUCCAGUUUAAAGAUGCAGGGCUGAGUAUCUUCAAUAACACAUGGAGUAACAUUCAUGACUUUACCCCUGUGGCAGGAGAGCUCAACUGGAGCCUUCUUCCAGAAAAUGCCAAGAUCCAGGACUUUGUUCCUGUCCCUACAACGGAAGAGUUCAAAGCUAUUCGAGUUUCCACAGAAGCCAAUAGAAGCAUCGUUCCAAUAUCCCGGGGUCAGAGACAGAAGAACAGUGAUGAAUCAUGUUUGGUGGUGUUAUUUGCUGGGGAUUAUACUAUUGCAAAUGCCAGGAAAUUAAUUGAUGAGAUGGUUGGUAAAGGCUUUUCCCUAGUUCAAACAAAGGAAGUGACUAUGAAGCCUGAGGAUGCUCAAAGGGUUUUUCAAGAGAAAGCUUCUGAUUUCCUCCCUCUUCUGAACAAAGGUCCUGUGAUUGCCUUGGAGUUUAAUGGAGAUGGUGCUGUGGAAGAAUGCCACCAUAUUGUAAAUGAAACAUUCAAUGGGACAAAGAUGUUUGUGUCAGAAAAGAAGGACACAGCAUGUGGAGAUGUAGACAACUUCUACAACUUUGCAGACAUUCAGAUGGGAGUGUGAAGCAGUGGGACCAAGAACUUGGUAUUCAGCAAUUUUCAGCUUUUGUAUGCAGAGUUUAAUAAUAUGGUUUUGUGCAUCAUUGAUUUUUUACUAAUGCUAAAGUCAUUAAAGGGUAUUUUAAUAACUUGAUUGAAAAAUAAUUCAUUUAAAUUCAGUAGUUUUAAUCAGCUUACAAACUACUGAAUCCACUUCCAAUUAGCUUACAGGUUUUUUUUUUUUCUCUUCAUUGGACACUCUUCUUAGAAAAUAGAAGUGACUGCCACUUCAAGAUUUUAAACCCAAUUAAAUGUUCUUUGAAAUCUAACAAUUUAAUCUCCAGUUUUCCUCAGUGCUCCAUAUUUGUUUGAGAAUCCAUCUCACUGAUUAUUUUUUCACUUGGAUUUAUUACUAGUUAAUGAAUUAGAAUGAAAAUCUAUGCACAUUUUUGGGAAUACAUAAUCAUUGCUUCCUGCUUGCAUUAUUAUAUGCCUAAUGAGAUUUUAGACAUGGAGUUGACAUAAUACUUUGCACAUCUAAUUUUGAGGAGCCAUACCGGGGAUUCAACUCAGGACCUCAUGCUUGCCAGGCAGACAUUCUACAACUUGAGCCACAACUCACUUCAUUAUUUGAAAUUUUUGGCAUUUGAAAUCAGGGUAUGAUGGUAUCCACCUGUCAUGCUAGCUACUUUUGAGACACAGGCAAGUGUGAACUUGAACCCAGAAGUCCAAGGCCAGCCUGGGCAGCAUAGUGAGACCACAUCUCAAAAGAAAUAAGGAUUUCACAAGGAGUUUUGCAAAUACCUCUGUCAAUGUAGCUAUGUAAAAACUACUUCAGAAGGCUUAUUGCUAUUUGAAUAAAUUCCACACUAUUUAGGUUUCUUUUGGUUGGUACUGGAGUUUGAACACUGGGACUCAUACUUGCCAGGUUGAUGCUCUUGCUGUUGAGCUAGGCUCCAGCUCAAUGUUCUGCUGGCUAUUUUUGAGAUAUGAGACUCCCUAUUUGGGAUAGGUGUCAUGUCCUGCCUGGAUGUGCACUUGGGUAUGAUGUACCCGUGCUAGUCUUCCCAAUGUAGCUAGGAUAACAGGUGUACACCACCAGGUGUAGCACUUCCUUGAGAAGGGAUCUUGUAUAUUUUUCUGCCUCAGCUUGCCUAUGAUCCUCCCAAUUUUAGUUUCUAAAUUAGCUAGGAUUAUAGAGGUGAGCAACCAGUGCCUGACACUAUUUAGUUUUUUUUUUUUUUUAAAUACAACCAAAUGGCUCUUCUGCUUCCUGAAAAGGAAAGGUGCAUGCAAUAUGAAAACAUCAGAAGCCCAGUCACCAACAGUUUUUCCAUAGGUGAUUAUUGUUUGAUCAGCUUUUGUGGCUAUCAAGAAAAUUAGAGCCAGACACAGGGCUAAAACCUAUAAUCCUAAGUACUGAGAAGGCUGUGAUUGUGGGAUCAGAUCCAAGACAGCUCAGGUGGAAAAGUCCCUGAGACUCUCACCUCUAAUUAACCAGGAAAAGUCCACAAGUAGAGCUGUGGCUCCAGUGGUAGA